AUUUUGCGCCGGAAUUGUCCUUUAACUUUCUAUUAUAUUUAUGUAUUAAAAACCCAGUACAUUAAUAGUGACCCGCAUUCGGGACAAAUACAGUGCCCCCCAACAACAACCCCAUGCAUUUUUUUGCACCUUAUCAUGAACUACCAUAGUCAUGCUAUAUACCAUUUUAAAGCUAAGAAUCGAUAUAUGUAAAGCUUUCCAUGAAUUAACAUAUAUUUUGUGUGUAAAAUAUAAGUUUAUCCCGAUAUAUAACAUAUCAGAAUACCCCCCUCCACCACCCCCCAAAGUUGCUGCGUUCAUCCUUUGUCACUUGUCUGUAUGGCCGUACCAAUAAGUUAGCCCAGCAUGCUUGGUCUUGAAAUUUUCGUAAGAAUCCAUAGAUGUAAAAUAUCUACAUUGUUUUAUUGCCAAUAUAUUGAGUAGUUGUACACGCCAAUACAAACAAAACAGAUGCAUACGAAAAGAAGCGAAGUAAAAACUUAUUUUUCGCGGAAAUCCAUAUAUUUCGGUUCUAUUUCCAUUAUUGUCGCUGGAUUCACGGUACUCUGCGUGUUCACGAGGCUCUUCUGAUUCCAUCGAUACCAAUUACAUGUCUGUAGGACCAAUGAGAGUCGAGAUAGAUGCCAUCAAAGCCAAUGAGUCACGUAAGCGAUGAAUCUGACAGUCUUUGAAUGGCCAUAGCGCUGCGUCUGAUUGAGCCAAUGAGAUGGGACCUAGAUGUCUGUGUAGCCAAUGAGGAGAGCUUUCUUUAGACAUGUGACACAUCGUCACAUUCUACUUCCUUGUCGGCUAAAUUCAAUGCGUAAAACAGAUGCGUAAACAUAGUCACCGAAGCAGUGUUUUGGAAGUGUUUUACUGAACAAGCAAGAGGCAGUUUUUGAAGGUUUUUGUUUGUAAAAACAUGCCAAAAAGACAAGCAAAAACGAAACAUGUUGAACCGGAGGACAUCGAUGAUCUGGAGGACAUUGAUGAAGGAGCCGAAAGUAGUUUCUCCGAAUGCGACUCCGAGGAGGAGCACAACUUUUUAGCUGGGAAGGACCCUGAUUUCGAGCUUGACAGCAAUGAAGACUGGGUCCCGCCAAGCAAAACAUCAAGAGCUGAGGAUCCUGUGUCUGAGGAAGAGGAGCCGGUGGCUGAGACCAGUGGGACACAAAGAGGAAAGGGUGCUGCAAGAAGCAGGGGGAGAGGCAGAGGAAGAGGGAGAGGCCAAGGAAGGGGGAGAGGCAGGGGAAGAGGGCGCUCCCACAGCAGACAGGAGAGCGGAGGCACAGAACCAUGGCAUGGGACGGACAUCCAGGACACCAUACCACCACAGCCCACGUUUCGCCCUAUGAGGACUCCUGGCCCCCAGCUGAUCUCUACACAGUACUCAAUAUUACAACUCUUUCAGUUAUUUAUUACACGCUCCAUUUUGUUGACUGUAGUUGCCAACAUCCAGCAAUAGGAUGUAGCUGUGAACUGUGUGAAAUUUUAUGUAAAUAGUUUUUAUAUUUUAUAGCUGUGCACUUUAGUCUUAUGUAAAUAGUUUUUAUAAGUACUUGUAUACUAUGUUUGCACUGUUAUGCUGUUUGUACUGUUGCAUUGAAUUUUUGAAUUUUUGCACUGCAUUUCAUUUUUUACCUUUAUAUUUAUAAUAUUUACUAUUUUUACCUUUGUUUCAUUUUAUAAUACAAAUGUUUGCUGCAUUACCUUGUUUGUCAUUUUUUCAUGGAAAUCUCAAAGGUGUUGGAGCAAAAGUAAGAGUUCCAGGUCAGAUAAUGCAUCUCUAAAUGUAUGGCACAGCCACUGCAAAGCUCUCCAGGGAUCACUCCAUCAUGAGACACAGACUGUAACCUUUCAUUUGACACCAAGAUCAUGGUUCUGCAUAAAGGGGUUCUUGUAUAGGAAGAGUUUUAGUUUUGGGUAACCAAAGGUCUUUUUGGAGUCUCCAAAUGGACACUUAGCAAAACGCAUGUGUAUGCCCACACAAAUAUGGGUCCCACACAGUCAUACUUCAUCCUAUAAGGAUCUACUUUGACAUACAGAUUCACAAGACCUGGUAGUGGGCCUCAGUGGUGUUUUCAAGAGAAAAUAAGUGACCAAGAGGGCAGAAUGUGGUCAUUUCUAGAGAUGUGCAUAACCGCCUAUAAAAAAAACUAUCAUUCUACCCUUUGCCACUCUCUGAUAGUUCAUCACACAGUCAAUCUAUUGGUACCAAAAAAUUCUACAAGGCCUUAGCUUUCCAAAGAGGUCAGGCACUUGAUUGUAAGUCAAAGUAUGUGGCAACAGGGCCAUUUUAAGUAGGCGGUGUGCAAUUUCGAGGAAAAACUCCAAAAUAGGGGCGGAAAUGUAUAAGGUUAACAUAAAUAGCAGACACUCAAGAUG